AUGACUUCCUGCAGGUUCUCUGUCCUCGCUCUGCUGCUGCUCUCGGCCUACUGCUGGGCUGAAGAGUCCAAGUUGAGUACAUUUUUAACAUGUCUUUUCUUCUCUUUUUCGUUAUCGUUGCUGUCACAUUCUCUACUGGACAAACAGUCUGAGCUGUCUGCGUCUGAAAUCAUCGAAAAAGCCAACGCCAACAACGUGCGUCGUGCAGAUGAUCCCCAGCUGAUCGAGAUGGACAUCGCCAUCGACAAUGACGGCGAGAGAAACGCUGACCCCUGCACCUCCAGAGGCUGCCUGUGGGGCAAAAACACCGACGGCAAAGUCUACGUCCCCUACUACAUCACCAACCAAUUCUCCUCUAGGGAAAAGUCCAUCAUCACCCGUGGCCUGGAGUCCUUCUCUGCCUUCUCCUGCAUUCGUUUCAGGCCCUCCAGAAGCUCCGACAGAGACUGGCUGAGCAUCGAGUCCAAGGACGGGUGCUGGUCGUUCGUGGGCCGUCGUGGGGGAAAACAGGUGGUGUCUCUGGCUCGCAGCGGAUGUCUGUACCACCACACCGUCCAGCACGAGCUGCUCCACGCUCUGGGCUUCAACCACGAGCAGACCCGCUCUGACCGCGACAACCACAUCAAAGUUCUGCUCAGCAACGUCGUCUCCGGAAUGGAGCACAACUUCAGGAAGAUCGCUACUCUGAACCAGGGCACCUCCUACGACUACGGCUCCGUCAUGCAGUACCACAGAACUGCUUUCUCCAGGAACGGCCAGCCCACCAUGGUCCCCAUCCCCAACUCCAACGUGAAUCUGGGCGGAGCCAGGGAGAUGAGCGCAGCCGACAAGAAGAGACUCACCUCUCUCUACAAGUGCUCAGUGCUUGCUCGCAGGAGCGCCUCAAUGGCCGACUCCUGCCAGCGAGGACUCCCGACGCACCCGCGAACUCUGCAAGUCAUCGAUAGUCAAGGAACCGUCUUCCCUGGGGAGCUCAAAGACCAACAACAUCGCCUGCGAGACCUCAUCCCCGAUGAGUUUAUGACAAUCCUGCCAUAUUAUAUAUCAGCCAAAAGCCCUCCCCGUAACUGA